AUGAGUGAAGACAAUAACGAAAUCCCUUGUUAUAUUCCAAAAGAUAAAAGAAAAGUUCCAGAAAAAAGAAAUCAAAUUUCAUUUGCCCCACCUCCUAAACGUGAAUUAUUACCAGUAGAAUUUGAUUGUAAAUUAAAUAAAGAAGAAUUAGAACAAAUUAGAGAACAUUAUAGAGGUAAUAAUAAAGAAAGUAAUACUGUUAUCAAACCAAGUGAAAAAUUUAAAGUUAUGAAAAUUAACGAUUUGUUAAUGACAAAAGAAGAAGAAGAUACAACAACUGACCUAAAUGAUUUGUAUAAUAAUCCUAUUGAUUUUCAACCAUUAUUUGGUCGUGGAAAUUGUGGUGGAUUAGAUAUAGUUAUUAAGUCAAAUACAAUUAAUCUUACUAAAGGAGAAAGUCAAAAUGGAUUAAAUACAUUAAAUAAAAUUAAAACCAAACCACUUAAUCAAAUGAAUGAAAAUGAUUGGAGAAUUAUAAGGGAAAAUUUAAAUAUCUUUGUCAAUAACAAUGAAGUAAUUAAACCAUUAAGAAAAUGGGAUGAUAUGAAUGUAUGUGAUAAUUUAUUACAACUUAUUAAAAAUACAUAUGAAACUCCAACUCCUAUUCAAUGUGCAUCAAUCCCAAUUGCAUUAAAAAUGCGAGAUUUAAUCGCAUUAGCAGAAACAGGAACUGGAAAGACUUUUGCUUAUCUUAUUCCAUUGAUUCAAUUUGUUUUAAAACUUCCAAAACUAACAGAAGAGACUUCUGCAAGUGGGCCUUACGCUUUAAUCUUAGCUCCAACUAGAGAACUUGCACUUCAAAUACAACAAGAAACACUUAAGUUAGCAACACCAUUUGGAUUAAGAGUGUGUUGUUGUAUUGGUGGAGAAUCAAUUCAACCACAAAUUGAAGAACUGUCUAAUGGAGCUGAAAUUGUUGUAGCUGCACCUGGAAGAUUAAAAGAUUUAUUGAGCCAGUCAUAUUUAGUUUUAGGUCAAUGUUACUUUGUUGUUUUAGAUGAGGCAGAUAAAAUGAUUGAUUUGGGUCUUGAUGUUCAAGUGAGAUAUAUUUUUUCAGAACUUCCAUCUGUAAAAGAUGGUUCAACAGAAGAAAUAAUUUCGAUGGAAAAAGAAAAUGCUAGUGGCAAUCCAUCAACAAGAACAACUUUCAUGUAUUCUGCUACAAUGCCAAGCACUCUUGAAAAAAUAACUACUGAAUAUUUAAGAAGACCAAUAACAAUUUCUAUUGGCAAAACAGGGAAUGUUGCAGAGAAUGUGAAGCAAAAUGUGGUGUGGGUUGAAGAUAAUAUGAAGAAAAGAAAGUUAGUUCAAGUCAUUAAAUCAAGUUCACCUCCAACAAUAGUUUUUGUUAAUCAACAAAAAACUGUUGAAGAAAUAUGUCUAUUAUUAGAAAAAGAAAAAAUAAAUUGUGUUGGCAUUCAUGGUGGAAAAAGACAAAUAGAAAGGACUGAUGCGUUAGAAGGAUUUAAAAGAAAGAAAUAUCCAGUGAUGGUAGCUACAAAUGUCUUAUCACGUGGAAUUGAUAUUGAAAGCGUAGCAAAUGUUAUAAAUUAUGAAAUGCCACAAAAAAUUGAAGAAUAUACACAUAGAGUAGGAAGAACUGGAAGAGCAGGGAAAGGGGGAAAUGCAAUCACAUUUAUAAAUGAAAAUGAUGGAAAGGAAGUUUUAAAUCAAUUGAGACAAAUUUUAGUUCAAAGUAGAAAUUCAAUUCCCAAAGAACUUGACUCUUUCUUAAAAAAGAAUGAAAUAAUUUAUUAA